AUGUAUCAUGGAAUGAACCCGAGCAAUGGAGAUGGAUUUCUAGAGCAGCAGCAGCAGCAGCAGCCUCAGUCCCCCCAGAGACUCUUGGCCGUGAUCCUGUGGUUUCAGCUGGCGCUGUGCUUCGGCCCUGCACAGCUUACAGGCGAUUGCCGUAUCCCUCAAAUUGAAGAUGCUGAAAUUCAUAACAAGACGUACAGACAUGGAGAUAAGUUAAUCAUCACCUGUCAUGAAGGAUUCAAGAUCCGUUACCCUGACCUCUACAACUUGGUUUCAUUGUGUCGCAAUGAUGGAAUGUGGGAUAAUUUGCCCAUCUGUCAAGGCUGCCUGAGACCAUUAGCCUCUUCUAAUGGCUACGUGAACAUCUCUGAGUUCCAGACCUCCUUCCCAGUAGGGACUGUGAUCUCCUAUCACUGCUUCCCUGGAUUUAAACUAGAGGGGUCAGAGUACCUUGAGUGCUUACACAACCUUAUCUGGUCAUCCAGCCCACCCCGGUGCCUUGCUCUGGAAGCCCAGAUUUGUCCACUACCUCCAAUGGUGAGUCAUGGAGAUUUCAUCUGCCACCCUCGGCCUUGUGAGCGCUACAACCAUGGGACAGUGGUGGAGUUCUACUGUGAUCCUGGCUACAGCCUCACCAGUGACUACAAGUACAUCACCUGCCAGUACGGAGAGUGGUUUCCUUCCUACCAAGUCUACUGCAUCAAGUCAGAACAAACAUGGCCCAGCACCCACGAGACCCUCCUGACCACGUGGAAGAUCGUGGCAUUCACAGCAACCAGUGUGCUGCUGGUGCUACUUCUCGUCAUCCUGGCCAGGAUGUUCCAGACCAAGUUCAAGGCCCACUUUCCCCCGAGGGGGCCUCCCAGGAGCUCAAGCAGUGACCCUGACUUCGUGGUGGUGGAUGGUGUUCCUGUCAUGCUCCCGUCCUACGACGAGGCCGUGAGUGGUGGGUUGAGUGCCUUAGGCCCUGGGUACCUGGCCUCUAUGGGCCAGGGCUGCCCCUUACCUGUGGAUGACCAGAGCCCCCCAGCCUACCCUGGCUCAACAGACAUGGACACAGGCCCAGGGGAGUCAGAAACCUGUGACAGCACCUCAGGCUCCUCUGAGCUGCUCCAGAGUCUGUAUUCACCUCCCAUGUGCCAAGGGGGCACCCGGCCAGCUUCUGACAAUCCUGACGCAAUGGCGAGCACAGCAGGGGAGGUGGCAUCCACCAGCCCAGGCAUCGACAUCGCAGAUGAUGUGAUAUAG